AUGGAUUACGAGGCUUUGAAGGAUCAAUGGAGUGAUAUCGAGGACCGCGAUGGUAUCCGGCUCAGCUGGAACACGUUCCCGAGUUCUCGCAUGGAAGCGUCCCGGCUGGUUGUCCCCAUUGCUGCCGUCUAUACCCCUCUCAAAGAGAAAAGCGACACUCCAUUGCUUCAAUACGAACCCGUGACAUGCAAGCAGCCCUGCAGGGCUGUUCUCAACCCAUAUGCCUCUGUUGACAUUCGUGCGCGCAUCUGGAUCUGCCCCUUCUGUCUAAUGCGAAACCCACUUCCUCCUCAUUACAAGGAUAUUACGGAGACCACAAUUCCCCCCGAACUUCAUCCGCAGAGCACCACAAUCGAGUAUCAGCUGGCGCGACCAGCUCCGGCUCCUCCAAUCUUCCUCUUUGUAGUCGACACUUGCCAGGAAGAUGACAGCCUGCAGGCUGUCAAGGACUCGCUCAUCAUGAGCUUGUCAUUGCUCCCGCCCAAUGCGCUUGUGGGUUUGAUCACAUAUGGAAAUAAUGCUCAAGUGCAUGAACUUGGCUACGUCGAAUGUGCCAAGUCUUAUGUGUUCCGAGGCAAUAAGGACUAUACCGCCAAGCAGGUUCAGGAAAUGCUUGGUAUGGCACAUGGCAUCCGGCCGGGUGUCCCUGCUCCGCAACAACCAGCACGAGCUCCUCUUCCUCCCGCAGCACGUUUCCUCCUCCCUGUCCAACAAGCCGAGAACCAGAUUACCAGCGUCCUUGAGCAACUACAACAUGAUCCUUGGCCUGUUGCGAACGACAAGCGGCCUCUCCGCUGUACUGGUGUGGCAUUGAGUGUCGCAGUCGGUCUUCUGGAGACUUCUUUCAUGAAUGCUGGCGCUAGAAUCAUGAAUUUUGUUAGUGGUGCCGCUACAGAAGGCCCCGGUCAUGUGGUUUCCCCCGAAUUGAAGGAGCCUAUCCGUUCGCAUCACGACAUCGACCGUGACAACAUUAAAUACUUCAAGAAAGCCGUCAAGUUCUACGAUGCCCUUGCCAAGCGUGCCGCUAACAAUGGUCAUAUUGUGGACAUUUUCGCUGGCUGCCUUGAUCAAGUUGGUCUCUUGGAGAUGAAGAACUUGUCAAAUUACACAGGAGGUCACAUGCUUCUGACUGAUAGCUUCACAUCAUCUCAGUUCAAGCAGUCAUUCAUUCGGGUGUUUGACAAAGAUGCCAAUGAUAACCUCCUAAUGGCUUUCAACGCCUCGCUCGAGGUCCUCACAACCAAGGAGCUCAAGGUCACUGGACUUAUAGGCCAUGCUAUUUCCCUUAACAAGAAGUCAACUUCUGUCGGUGAAACAGAGGUCGGUAUUGGCAAUACUUGCGCGUGGAAGAUGUGCGGUAUUGAUCCUUCGUCGAGCUAUGGUGUCUACUUCGAGAUCGCCAACCAGGGUGGACCUGCCCCUGUACAGCCUGGUCCCCAGCAGGGUGUGAUGCAAUUCUUGACGUAUUAUCAGCACUCUUCUGGAAACUACCAUCUGCGUGUGACCACAACUGCCCGCCCAUUAAGCGGUCCUGCUGGUGACCCAACACUGGCCCAGUCUUUCGACCAAGAGGCUGCAGCCGUGCUCAUGGCCCGCAUUGCUGUCUUCAAGGCUGAAGUGGAUGACGGCCCUGAUGUGCUACGCUGGGUUGACCGCAUGCUUAUUCGCCUAUGCUCACGCUUUGCAGAUUACCGCAAAGAUGACCCAACAUCGUUCCGCCUGGACAAGAAUUUUACACUGUAUCCCCAAUUCAUGUUCCACUUACGACGGAGUCAAUUCUUGCAGGUCUUCAACAAUUCACCUGACGAAACUGCCUUCUACCGCCACGUCCUAAACCAUGAAGACGCCGGUGACUCUCUUGUCAUGAUUCAGCCUACUCUCGACUCCUACUCUCUGGAGUUUGAGGGAAGCCAGCCUGUGCUUCUUGACUCUGCAUCCAUUCAGCCCGCACAUAUCCUCCUCCUCGACACUUUCUUCCAUAUCCUAAUCUUCCACGGCGAGACCAUUGCCGAAUGGCGGAAAGCUGGAUAUCAAGACCAAGAGGGCUAUGAAAAUCUCAAGGCCCUUCUGGAGCAGCCAAAGGAAGACGCUCGGGAGCUCAUCGCCGACCGUUUUCCUCUCCCCCGGUUCAUUGUCUGUGAUGCCGGUGGCUCCCAGGCUCGUUUCCUUCUUUCUAAGCUGAACCCAUCGACGACUCACACCAGCAGCGGUGGUUAUGGUGGCGGCGUCUCAUCCCAGACGAUCUUCACUGAUGACGUCUCCCUGCAAACAUUUAUGGAUCAUUUGAUGAAACUUGCGGUGUCUGGUACUAGCUAG